AUGAAAUUCCGUGUACCGCCUUGGGAUUACUACGCCAUUGUGGCUGAAAAGCAUGGAUUUAAGGUCGAUGGUAAACAAAUAAAACAGGAUUUUAAAAAAAGUUACACACAACUUAUGAAACACCAUCCCAACUUUGGAAAGCAGAGCAUCAAAUGGCAGAAUUGGUGGGAUGAAAUAAUAAAACAAACAUUUAGAGACAAACUUCCAAUAUCUAGUAUUAAUAAGAUAUCAAAACAGUUGAUAGAAGAUUUUACAUCAACUAAAUGUUUUGUUAAAGCUAAUGGAUGUGAUGAGUUAUUGGAAUUGCUUAGUAAAAAUGGUAUUGCCCUAGGAGUUAUCUCGAAUUAUGACCCUCGCCUUCAUAAGAUAUUAAAUAAUUUGAAUAUAGAUGAUAGCUUUGAAUUUAUUCUUACAUCUUAUGAUAUAGGUUUCAGUAAACCUGACAAACGUCUUUUUAAAAUCGCCCAAGAGCGAAUAAAUGGGAUCACAUGUGGUUCACAAUGUCUCCACAUUGGAGAUGACUUUGUUAAAGAUUAUGAGGGAGCGAUGAAGGCUGGGUGGAAUGCUGUACUUAUAACCGAGGAAACAGAUGCCGAGCAAUCUCAUAUGUGUGUAUAUAAAAGCUUAUUAGACUUACACAAUGCUAUCGAAAGUCACAAGUUGUGUUUUUCUUAA